AUGUCUUUGCCUUCAACUCCAUUCCCCGAUGCCACGCGCAACCCGGAGGGGCCCGCAGGCAGCACCCGCCCGCCGUACCCUACAGCCGGGGGGGCCCCAGGACACCCAGGGGCCCCCGGACAUUCAGGGGCCCCCGGUCAUUCAGGGCCGCCCGGACAUCCAGGGCCCGCCGGACAUAUAGGGGCCCCAGGACAUCCAGGGGCCCCAGGACACCCAGGGGCGCCAGGACACCCGGGGGCCCCAGGACACCCGGGGGCCCCAGGACACCCAGGGGCCCCAGGACACCCAGGGGCCCCCGGACACCCGGGGGCCCCAGGACAUCCUGUGGCUCCCGGACACCCAGGGCCCCCCGGACAUCCGGGGGCCCCAGCGCACCCAGGGGUUCCCGGACACCCAGGGGCCCCAGGACACCCAGGGGCCCCCGGACACCCAGGGCCCCCCGGACAUCCGGGGGCCCCAGGACACCCAGGGGCCCCAGGACACCCAGGGGCGCCUAGCUGCGCUCCUGCGCCUCUCCAGGGCCCUGGGGCCCUCAGUGGGCCCCCCUCCGUGCCUGGGCAUUUGCAGCCAUUCGUAGACGCCGCUUCCGCGCCUAAGGACCCAGAGGCCCCAUUCGGGGGCCCCAUCGUUCAGGGGCCCCUCGCAGCUGCAACAGAGGGGCCCCCUCCGUCGGUUGGCCCUGCUCCUGUUCCUGCUGAGGCGGAGCAGUGGGGCCCCCCUGUGCCCCAGAACCCUUGGGUUGGGGGCCCCCCGGCCUCGAAUCCUGCAGCGGCUGCAGCAUCAGCAGCAGCAGCAGCAGCAGCAGCAGCAGGUGCACCCGCUGCUGCACCCCCAACCGUCCCUUUGGCGGAUCCUGUUUCCCAGCAGCCACAGCAGCAGCACCUCCCACCCCCAACCGUCCCUUUGGCGGAUCCUGUUUCCCAGCAGCCACAGCAGCAGCACCUCCCGCAGCAGCAGCACCUCCCACAGCAGCAGCAGCAGCAGCAGACUCGCCAGCCGCAUGCGCUUCUCGGGGGAGAAACUGUACAGGGGCCCCCCCCUGGGGUCGCCCCUGGGGUCCCCCCUGGGGCCCCCUCCUCCGGCGUUGAGUUUGCUGCAGCAGAGGGAAAGUGGACGGGGCGAUGGGCACCGGGGGCCCCCAGCCGCCCGCAGCAGCAGCCCGCCUGCGUCUCUGCUCUAGGGUUUGAGGGGGCCCCCCCCCCUAUACCUGGGGGCCCCGUGUUCAGCCAGGAGGGGCCCCUCAACCCCGCAGCCCCCCCAUCAGAUUUCUUUCGCCCUGUAGCGAGUGAGGGGCCCCAACACAACUACCCCCCUUACCAUCUGCCUCCUGAGGGGGGAGGGCCCCUGAAGAGCAGCAAACAGCAAAAAAGGGUACAGAAUGCUUACACAAUGAGGGGCCCCAACACCGAUGGCCACUAG